AUGCUGUACGAAUUAAUAGGAAUUGUCCGACCGGGCAAGAUCCACGAAGUCAAAGAAAUCGCCAAGACUGCCGGCAGCAUCGUCCUCAACAGCGGCGGCGUUGUGCGCGGUGUCACCAACUGGGGCGUCUUCCAGCUGCCCAAGCCAUUCCGCAAGCACCAGGUUACCCACUAUGCUGGACACCACUUCAUCAUACGCUUCGAUGCCUCGCCUCGCGCCCAGCACGCCCUGCGCCGUACCAUGGGUCUCGACCCCCGCCUGAUCCGCCACUCGGUUGUCAAGCUUGGCAGCAAGCUCGAGGACAUCGUCGACGUGCCUGGCGUCGCCCCCUGGGGCUCUGGUGAUGCUGCUUAUUCCUCCAAGGUCAAGGUUUCCGAGCCUGACGCCGCCCCGGUCACCAAGUGGAAUGAUAUGGCGGAAGUGGGAGCGGAGCAAAAGAACAAGGAGAGUAUGAACCAUGUGUUUGAUUUGAUAGACAAAAAUCGUACCAAAUAUUAG